AUGACAGUCUCAUCUAUCCCAUCUGCUCGAACUCUGCAUAACCACCGCGUUUGUCAUCUCGUACCACCCAUCUCGAAAACGAGUCCGCGCCAUUCCGCGAGACUGCCACCGUCCAAGCCACUGCGGAACUUCGUCUCUUCAACUCAUCAUCCGGUUCCACCGUUUGCUGAAUCGACGCUUGCAGCCUCGAGUCAUCGUCGAUUGACGGACAAUGUUGACUCGCACGCAGCCGCCACGAUUGGGCAUGCUCUGCCACACCCAAAGACGUAG